CAUCCGUACCGAGGCGCAUCACUAGCUCGGCUUGCGUCCAGUCCACCACCGCGCUUCGACACGCGCGCACGGCACAACACUAGCUCAAACAAAGCGCGCUUAAAUACGAAAUUAGUGAUGUCGUUUAAUUAAUUUCAAAUCUAUGUAAAAAUAAGUGCAGUGUAAUGUAUAAUGUAUCAAUGCAUCGAAAAGUGAAUAAAGAAGCAAACUUUUACUAGUCAAUUGGCACCGUAAUUAUAAUAAGUGUAAAUAUAAUUAGAAGAAAUGACGCAGUUAUCAUGGAGACAAAAGGCUGGUUGCUUCUUCGGAGCACUAAAGCCAGGAGACGAAAGGCCAGAGUUAUUCGCAAGGUCAUGGCUGGGUCUGUGGGCUGUGUACUGGCGCGUUCCCAUCUUCCUCUGGUCUCUAAUCACGAUCAUAUGGUCGACUGCAGCGUUCUGGGGUUCCGUAGACAAGUAUAUGCUGUACAUGACACACUGGGGAUUAUUACUAAUACUAGUGGAAUCCUUCUUCGGUGUUAUAGUUGCACUUAAAGAAGAUCGUUACUUACCAGGUUUACCAGAGCCAAUUCAUACGGACGCUACAACACCUGAUUAUGGAAGUUUCGUUGGAUCUUUGAAGAAUGAGACGCUGCGUCCAUCAUCCGCGCCCAUCAUGCAUCAAGACAAAACAAAUAAAUUACGCGCGUGCGGUGCAUCUUGGGACAUAACGCAUAUUAGAUUUGGUAGAAAUACGAAAGGUGCGUUUCCUUGGUACGUGAAAGUGUAUUGGGUACUGUACAACAUCACCAUUCCCGUUGCCUUCCUUAUCACCGUCUUCUACUGGUCUAUACUAAACACUGCUAUAAAAAAGGUUAACUACGCACCGAACCCAACGCUCGACGUGAUGCUACACGGUGUCAACAGCCUAGUAAUGUUGGCAGAGCUGUUUCUGUCCGCACAUCCCAGUCGACUUCUCCACGUCAUGCAACCGCUCUACUUUGGCGUCGUAUAUCUGAUAUUCACCAUUGUAUACUACGAUGCGGGAGGACUCGAUCCUUGGGGUCACGUGUUCAUCUAUCCAGUCAUCGACUGGUCCAAGCCGGAGCAGACGUUAGUUGUGGCCUCUCUCACGGGUCUCUUCCUCGUCCUCAUGCACGUACUGACCGUUGGCGUGGCGACUUCGCGGGACAUUAUCGCCAGACGAUGUCGCAGCACACCUAAUGGAUUAUACAACGAUGGAUUCGAAGCUUAAUAUCGAUUAUAAAGAUAUAUCGAUGUGUGAAGCAUCGAAAUGUUAUAAAGAAUCGAUAAAAUGCAUUAAGAAGCAUAUAAUCAAAUCGAUUGAAAGUAGAAGAUAAAGAUCUUGCAAAUCGGAAGUUCGGCGUAUUUUGGACUGUAUUUUAUUUGACAUUAAUGUGUCGUGAUUUAUAUUUGACUGAUAAAAUGAAAGCGGCACAAAGGACUUGUUUACUUAAAAAAAAUUUGUGAAAUGUCCCAGAGAUAACCUUGGAUUUAAAUACAUAACAACAUGUUUACUGUUAAUAAAAUUGGUAAUGAAUAAUUAAAUAGUGUAUGUAUGCUUUAGUAUAUUACGUAGUUCAAAAUAGAAAUGUUAUGUGUCGUUAAGAAACAGAUAUUUGUGUAAAGUUUGGUGAAAUAAAGCAAACUGUGAUGGUUGUCCUAUAUAAAAAUAAAUGAUUACUUACGAAUUUUAUCUACCUACGCUGUUGCUACAUAUGCUUAGAAAUAGGAAAAACUAGUAGCAGAAGUGCACUUUCUAGUAAUAGCGCUUAUCUCUUACCAAAGCACUGCUGAGUCUUUUAAUAGCGACAACUGGUGUACUGACAUUGUUCUUCAGUUUUAUCUUCCCUAUGUCCAUUUCCACAAUAUCUAAAUAAAGAUCUAGAAUUAGCUAUGGUCGAAAAGAACCCAAAACGCUUUUUCCAAACAAAAGAAAAGUAUAGUAUACAAGAUAUCGUGUUUCUAUAUCUACAAACAAAAUAGUGUUUCCCGUCGGCCUUUAUAUCAAUGGACUCAAUUGGAAUAUUUUUCUAAUUCCUUGAACUUAAUCGGUACAACAGAAAUGCCAAUCGGUAGGCAGAUCUUCCUAAUGUUAAACACCAAAUAAAACAUUGUUUUAGGAGGCUAAUUCACGAUGACAGCUACUUUUAAAUAAUUGCAAACUUAUAACUUUAUCACUGUGUAAUCUAGCAAAUGAUAACACACAAUACUAUUUGCACAGUACUGACUCAAUUUUAUACAAGUUCAGUCAAUACUCGCGUUCUUCAGUUUCGAUAGUGAUCGUUACAAAUGGGUGUUAAAGAUUAUUUUAAAUAUCAACUACAAUGGCAAAUGUUUUUGUUGGAGCACGAAGAUGUUUCCGAUUUCUACUUGAGUCCAUUCCAAAGAAACCGUUCAGCUGUACCCUUGCUUUUUGUAAGAGCGAUUGUAUGCCUGGGUUCUGUUGGAAUAUUAGUAUCCUCAGUGAUAUAUGAUUUCAUGCCAUUUGGAUAUUGGCCUGUAUUUUUAACACAUUGGGGAUUAAUUUUGAACACAAUUUCAGCCGUUUUCGCAGUUAUUGUGUCCGCAAGAGCAUAUCUACGUGGACCGAUAGAUGCAACAUUUGGACUUCCGCGAUACGUGAAAAUGUACUGGGCUAUGACUAACAUAGCAACUGUUGUGGCAUUUUUUAUUACCAUAUUUUACUGGUCAUUUCUAACUG